CUCCGUGGCUGAGAGACAAACAGAGUAAAGACCUGAAACUUGAAAAGGCCAACUUCAUAGGAACGCCCCAGAAAAAAAAGGUGUAAAAGAUAGUGGAUUGGCCGAAAACUACAAACAUCUAAUGCCGACGAUGAAAAUAUGGCAGCCGGAAGAGCAAGGUCCUUCCGUCGUGUUGGGAGUCUCAUGCGGAGCAAAUCUGAGGGGACACUGAUAGAUCUGGAUGACAACACCUCAGCCAGCAACAACCUCAACAGUGGAUACGUGUCACGAGUUACACAGAACUCCGAGUGGCUGCUUUUACAGCCAGAAGUCGCACAUUCAUCUCAGACAAAAAAUCCCUUUUGGAACAAACUGUCUGGAUCUAAUCCUUUUUUGGAUGACAUUGUACACAGCAGCACAGACAAACACAUUUCCAACACGUCAAAUACAAAACAGGACACUGAGAAACAUCUGGACACAAAUCAUGAUGAUGCGAGUAGCACAUCUUCAGAUGAAGGCAAUGUGGGGAACUUUUUGGAAAACAAACACAAAGCCAGCAACAGAUCCGGGAGAUGGAGAAGUGCUUCAGACAUUCUGGAUGAUCUGGAGAGAAAGGUGCCAAAACGGGAGAACAGCUUCAAACCGCCCCAGCCGGUCCUGAACCCAGAUUUUGAGUGGCUAAAAGAUGACAGAGAGGCCUAUAAGAUGGCCUGGCUGAGCCACAGGCAGUUAACCCGCUCAUGCCUGGACUUAAAUCUGAUGAGCCAGAGCCCUGGGUGGGCUCAGACUCAAGCUACUGACUUUCAAGUCAUCUGCAAGAUUGGCCACAUUGGAGGCUCAGUUCAGUUACCAGAGUCAGAAAUUAGCAUCCACAUCCCAGAAGGCCAUGUUCCUCCUGGGGAAGUCCAGGAAGUUACACUGAAAGCAAUGCUAGACCCUCCUCCUGGACUCAACAACAACUACAUGACAACCAUGAGUCCACUUCUGGAAGUGGUCCUCAGCAACAUCAACAUAAAAGAAUGUAUCUCUCUGGAGAUGAAACUGUCAGGAGAGGUGAAGAGUGACCCUCUUAGUCAGGUUAUGACCACUGUGGUCGGGCUGGUGUCCAACAAAAAAGAGGGACCUUAUCUCAGAGUAAACAACUGUUACAUUUACAAGAACAUGAUGCAGAUGAAGCUCCAGGACCUGAAGACACAUUUUUAUGUGAUUGCAGUCGCAGAGGCAUCUGCUAUCCAGGCCCCUGCCACAUCAGUCUGGGAUUACCUUGACCGCCACAUCACGGUGGCAGUUUAUGGUCCCAGGUACAUCCAUCCAUCUUUUAAGGUUGUAAUAGUGGUCUGCUGUCAUGAGAAUGUUCCACCAAAGCUUUCAUUUACAGAUAUUUGCAGAGGCAACAAAAACCUGCCUCCACUUGUGCUGCAGCUCUGGGGAACACAUCGGUUUAAACCCGACAAAGUGAAUGACCUGCAUGUCGCUGUUAGCAUAGCAGGCUCGAUGUUCAAAAUCAAACCAGAGGACAAACUGAAAGAAGUGAGGCAAAGUCAGUUCAAAAUAGGGACAGUCUUGCAUUUACCAGUUGCAUUGUCUUGUGCUGGCAAUGCAGAAAUGACUCCUUUUAAAUUAGAUCUACAAGUGAGGGAAUCUAAAACUGCAAACGUCACACAUUUCCAGGUGUCUUCCCCUCCUGCAGCACCCAUCAGAUCAGAAAAGCGAGUGUCGAGGCAGAUAGAAAGGCGAAUUGAAAUGGCAAGAACCACACCUAUUCCUGAGGAAAGUGUUCCAGACUUACUCAAAUUUACAGACAGACCUGUGAACAUACAAUGGUACGGUGUAGCCCUAAAGUCAGUUCUCCGUCAGCCACGUGUGGAAUACCUCCUGGAGUACUUCAAGGGAGACACAGUGGCUCUCCUAUCCAAGGAAACUGUCAGGUCAGUGGGCAAUUCAAAGGUAAAGGAAUGGUAUAUCGGAUUCCUCCGUGGCAGGACUGGUUUGGUUCACUGCAAAAACAUCAAGCUCAUAACCAGAGACCAAGUGAUCGAUUUCACCGGCAUUCAGAUCACCACAGAGGUGCUCCUGGACAACAUGACACUGCCCUUCAAGAAGCUUACUUACAUGUACUCCGCCAUCCAGACGCUUGUCACUGAGCAUAUAACCAGCUGGAGAGGUUUUGCUCAUGCCUUAGGCUACUGCAACCUAUCACUGGACACCAUCACACGGCGGUACGCUGAAACUGAGGCUGAUAAGGUGGCCUGUGUGCUGGAGAAGCUGAAGGAAGACUGCCACGCUGAGAAGAGCAGGAAAAAGUUUCUGCAUGAGCUCAUGGUUGGUCUGUUAAAGAUGGACUCUGUGAAUCUUGUGGCCCAGCUGAUUCAGAACACAGUCAUCCUGUCCACCGCUGUGGAGCUGGGGAUUCGAUGGCGGGAGCUCGCUGAGAAGGCGGGAAAACUCUCCAGCACACAGAUAGCCGGCUAUGAGGCGCCGCACCGAGGAAAGAGCGGAGAAGUGAGUUCUCAGUCAAUGUGGAAACCUGCCUAUGACUUCCUGUUCACCUGGAGUCAACGUUAUGGAGACAGCUACAGGGACAUGAUCCAGGAUCUCCACCUGGUUCUGGACAAAAUGAAAAACCCUGCCACAAGACAGUGGAGGCAUCUGACCGGUGCUCUCAUCACAGUGAACUGUCUCGAUAUCUUCCGAGCCUCUGCGUACCCGAAAACCUAGAUGCUUCGCACUCUAGUGAUGAAAACAGCCUUCAUGCACUUGGGAAAACAGAGUGGCAGGUUUUGUUACACAGCAGUACCGUUUUGAUGAAGUUUUUACUUAGCUCUUUUUGUUGUCCUAUAGCUUUGAUUUGUUGCUCAUAUUUUACACAAAACAUUAGAAACAAAUGAAAUUUUAAUCUGGUACUUGCACUAUACUGUAUGUUCUCAUGAUUCUUGAGCUGUGAAGGAAUGACACUUCAUCUCGAAAACAGAGGAAAAAGAAGUGCUUGUGUUUGUCACUUGUCUGCAAAUGUCACUUGUCUGCAAAUGUGAUAAAGUAUUAAAGGAUAGGUUGAUAAAUUUGUCUUAAAACAAUAGUCAGGUGUCCAUAAGAACAAUGA